CUCGCUAUCCUUAUUUUAACAACGUUAUUAGCAAUUUCAAGCAGCAAACCAGGAAAGAAACUCGUACCAUCUGUGGCUAUAGACUGCCCUCUGAUACCAAUCACAAAACAUUCCCAGACAAUACUGUUUGAUGUUGACGUUAAUUCUGACCCAAGUAUAAGAACGUGCAUUCUGAAAAGUGUUUCUGAACAAUCUGUACUGAUUUUAACUGACUAUGAUAGACGCCCCGAAGUGAAUUUCACAAAUAAGCGAAUAAUGACAAACGAAUUUCCUAACGUGAUUAUAACGACUGGCCAUUUAUCUUUCAAGGCAGUACGGUGCAACAAGAGCCCUUUGCUGGAAUUAUUUAUGAAAUCUAAUUGGUCCUGGCUAUACAUCAUCGUAACUGGUGACAGCGUGUUCUCGUGCAAGAAUGGCACCAUGACAUCAAAGCAUUUCCGAUUGUUAGAAAAGUUUAUGAACACAAUAUGGCACCGGUUUGAAGUCAUGCGAGUUGGGCUAGCAUUCCCUAUAGCUUGUAAACAGAAAAUGAUCAUCUAUCACAGGAAGAGACCAUCCACUCAAAAAUUAUAUGAUAGGUCUAUAAAGUUAAUUAAUGCUACCAGUUAUAAAGACUUACUUGCAGCUAUAAAUUACAGCGGCACAGGCUUAUGUGCACACUAUCCCAUAAAGGCAAAUAUAUUUGAAAGAUAUCCUACGUCUAUAACACAGUGUAAAAAUUUACAUUACUACGACAUACAUUUCAACUUAAACCUUACUUUUGGAUACUGUGGCUUGGACGGAAUGGUUAUGCACGACUUGCUUACACAUUUUAGAUUUAAUUUGUCCUCUCCUAAAAAUGAAGAUUGUAACAUUUACGGCUUUGCUAUUCCUGGGAAUAUAAGUGGGAGUCUGGGUUGCAUAGUUCGCCAUUGCGAACCAGCUCAUUAGCUGGAUUUGUCUUUCAAUUCAAGGUUUAUGACUCUGUACUCGGAUGAGCACAUUUACUACCUGCAUUAUAUAACUACUGACAAGCUGUGUGCUCUGGUGAGGAAGACUGGUGUUGUACCACUUUGGCACGGCCCGUACAAUGUAUUCAGACCUCCGUUGUGGUUUAUAAUCAUGGGAGUGUUAGUAUUAAUAAGUGGUAUCAUGUGGGUGUAUGCCAUCAUCAACAGAACAAUUACCGGCCAAAAAGUGAUGGCAUACUGGUACUACCUGCUCAAUGCUGUAAUGACGACAAUGAUUGGAUGCUCACCUAUGAAGAAUAGAUCUAUGAUCAUAAUAAGGAGCGCAUGUUUAAGUGGUUCCAUAUUAUUUUUGGCUGUUUAUCAGGGUCACACAAGUCGAGUCUAUACAACGCUGAAACAUUUCGAAAGAAUAAGUACCUUGGAUGAUCUCUACGCAUUUGGCGCCAUCUUAUAUACGACUCCCGGAAUGCGACAAUUCACUAGACAGUUGCAACGUCCAGGAAACAAGCUGGAAGAAGACUUUUUUAAUAGAUCUCGUUUGAUACUCAACGAAAGAAUUGGCGCAGGAAUUACUCUGGAAAUCCCGAGGGCCACAACCCUGGACAGAAAAUUAGACGCAGAGAUGAAAAUCCUUGAACACUUCUCCGAUAGUGAAGGAAGACCACUUAUCGAUAUAGUCGAUGAAUGUUUUAGGACUUAUUUCUUGUCCUACAUCACUCGAUCGGGAUUCCCGUUUUUCGAAGAGAUACAAAUAUUCACACAACGUCUUCUAGAAGCUGGUCUACCAACGAAGUACUACAAAUGGACUCAACAAAUGCUGAAUAUCCCAACAUCAUUGCCGGAAAUCCGUAGCGAACCGCGGCCUUUCUCUAAAAUAAAACUGAAAGACCAACGUGUGGCAUUUUUCGUACUCUUUGCGGGGUCAGCUUUGUCUAUUAUUGUAUUUGCAGUGGAAAUAUUUAAAGGUCCUCCGAUUGAAUUUUAGGACUCUCCCAAGUUUGAAUUAUAAUGUAUGUGUACCUACUCGCACUAAUUUAACAUAAGCA